AUGGGUGCGGAUGCACAGGCCACAUAUACUGGAGCUGCAGGGUAUGAUCCGAACCGCCUAGCGCAGCUGGAGGAGAAUGUGUCGGACCAGGUGAAGAAGGGAACUUACGACGUGAAUGCCAAUCUGGCCCUAUUCCGCCUGUACAACUUCGCGCCAGAGAAGGCGAACAUCCAGGCAAUGGCCACCGUGCUGAUCAAGGCCCAGAUGCAGUUGCCAAACCAUGACUUUGCGCAGCUGCUGCACUUGAUACCAGAACGCCUUCAGGAGGAGCAGCCUGUGGCAGCCUUGAUAGCUCUCACGCAGCACUUGGAAGGCGCCAGAUUCCAGGCCUACUGGCAGGCAGCAGACAGCUGCAGAGACAUCUUGUCCUCUGUGCCGGGUUACCAGGAUGCCAUCAGGGCAUACAUCGCCCUGGCCAUCAGCAGCACAUGCCAGAAAUUCAGCAAACAGCUGCUGGGAGAGUGCCUCAUGCUGGACGGACCAGCUAUCACCAAGCUGAUUCAGGAAAAGAAGGGCUGGACGGAAACAAAGGCGCAGAAUGGACGCGAGAUCGUACUCUUCCCAAGAAUUGAGCAAAGUGCAGUCAGGACUCAGGGCACAGCACAGGGUGGCAUGAAGAUUGACAUGGCGCAGCUGGGCUUGUUAUUGCAGACUGUCCACUGA